AUGGCAAUCGUCGAGAACUGGUUCCCCCCAACGAGGGAAAAUUGGGAGACUCUGCUCUUUGCGUGGAAAUUUUUUCCCCUCCUCCCAUCUGCACAAUGGCUGACUACGUGGUACCCGAUGGGUAAAACCUCGUACCCGAGCAUCUUCAACGUCCCAGGCCGUCUCACCUGGUUCCUGAUGGAGAUCCCGGGAGCCUUGACGCUGCUCUACAACAUGAGCACGCUGCCGGCCAAGCACGGCAUCGACGACCUCCCCUGGCAGAACAAGGUGCUGGCCGGCCUGUUCGUAAUCCACUACAGCUAUCGCGCGGUGCUCUACCCGCUGAUGGCGCCGUCCAUGGCGCCCAUGAGCAUCGUGGUCGCGUCCUCGGCCCUCUUCUUCCAGCUCAUGAACGGCACGUGCCUCGGUGCCUGGCUGGCCGCCUACGGCCCGACCACGCAGGAGCAGUGGCGGUCGCAGCUGGGCGGCGGCGGCACGCUGCAGUUCGUCGUAGGCAUCAGCAUCUUCUACCUGGGCCUGGCGGCAAACUACUACCACGACGACGAGCUCCGCGAGAUCCGGCGCAGGGAGGAGCGCAGGCGCCAGGUGGUCGCCAAGGAAAAGGGCAUGCGGCCUGAGGCGGUCGAGCGCCACUACGCCAUUCCGCAGGCCGGCUUCUUCAAGCUCGUCCUCUAUCCGCAUUACUUUUUCGAGUGGACCGAGUGGUUUGGCUACUGGAUGGCCUGCGGCUGGUCCUGCACCCCGGCCAUGAUGUUUUUCGUCAAUGAGGUCUUCUCCAUGCUUCCCAGGGCCGUCAACGGCCGCAAGUGGUACGAGGAGAGGUUCGGCGCCGAGAAGAUCAAGGGCCGCAAGGCUGUCAUCCCAGGAUUGGUGUGA